ACGCGGUCUCCCUUCUUUUGCAGACAGAGAUCGCGAAGAGAUUGAACACGAUUUUAGCACAGAUCAUGCCUUUCCUGUCACAAGAGCACCAGCAGCAGGUGGCACAGGCCGUGGAGCGUGCCAAGCAGGUCACCAUGACGGAGCUAAACGCCAUCAUCGGGGUACGUGGACUCCCCAAUCUGCCUCUCACCCAACAGCAGCUCCAGGCCCAGCACCUCUCCCACGCCACGCACGGCCCCCCGGUCCAGCUGCCACCCCACCCGUCAGGCCUCCAGCCUCCAGGGAUCCCCCCGGUGACAGGGAGCAGCUCCGGGCUGCUGGCGCUCGGGGCCCUGGGUGGCCAGGCCCACCUGACGGUGAAGGACGAGAAGAAUCACCAUGAGCUGGACCACAGAGAAAGAGAAUCCAGCGCGAAUAACUCGGUGUCGCCCUCGGAAAGCCUCCGGGCCAGUGAGAAGCACCGGGGCUCCGCAGACUACAGCAUGGAAUCCAAGAAGCGGAAAGCAGAGGAGAAGGACAGUCUGAGCCGAUACGACAGUGACGGGGACAAGAGUGAUGAUCUGGUGGUGGAUGUUUCCAAUGAGGACCCAGCGACGCCGCGGGUCAGCCCGGCACACUCCCCUCCUGAGAAUGGGCUGGACAAGGCCCGAGGCCUGAAGAAGGAUGCCCCCACCAGCCCCGCCUCAGUGGCCUCGUCCAGCAGCACACCCUCCUCCAAGACCAAAGACCUUGGUCAUAAUGACAAAUCCUCUACCCCUGGGCUCAAGUCCAACACGCCUACUCCGAGGAACGAUGCCCCGACUCCAGGAACCAGCACCACCCCAGGGCUCCGGUCGAUGCCGGGCAAACCUCCAGGCAUGGACCCGAUAGCCUCAGCCCUGCGCACUCCAAUCUCCAUCACCAGCUCCUAUGCGGCGCCCUUUGCCAUGAUGAGCCACCACGAGAUGAACGGCUCGCUCACCAGCCCCAGCGCCUACGCCGGCCUCCACAACAUCCCACCCCAGAUGAGUGCCGCCGCGGCCGCGGCCGCCGCCGCCUAUGGCCGAUCGCCAAUGGUGAGCUUUGGAGCUGUUGGCUUUGACCCUCACCCUCCCAUGCGGGCCACGGGCCUGCCCUCAAGCCUGGCCUCCAUUCCUGGUGGAAAACCAGCCUACUCGUUCCACGUGAGCGCCGAUGGGCAGAUGCAGCCUGUGCCCUUCCCCCACGACGCCCUGGCGGGCCCCGGCAUCCCACGGCACGCCCGGCAGAUCAACACGCUGAGCCACGGGGAGGUGGUGUGCGCCGUGACCAUCAGCAACCCCACGCGGCACGUCUACACAGGCGGCAAGGGCUGCGUGAAGAUCUGGGACAUCAGCCAGCCGGGCAGCAAGAGCCCCAUCUCCCAGCUGGACUGCCUGAACAGGGACAACUACAUCCGCUCCUGUAAGCUGCUUCCCGACGGGCGCACGCUCAUCGUGGGCGGGGAGGCCAGCACGCUCACCAUUUGGGACCUGGCCUCGCCCACACCCCGCAUCAAGGCCGAGCUGACCUCCUCGGCUCCCGCCUGCUACGCCCUGGCCAUCAGUCCCGAUGCCAAAGUCUGCUUCUCCUGCUGCAGCGACGGGAACAUUGCUGUGUGGGACCUGCACAACCAGACCCUGGUCAGGCAGUUCCAAGGCCACACGGACGGGGCCAGCUGCAUAGACAUCUCCCACGAUGGCACCAAGCUGUGGACCGGAGGCCUGGACAACACUGUGCGCUCCUGGGACCUCCGGGAGGGCCGCCAGCUGCAGCAGCACGACUUCACCUCCCAGAUCUUCUCCCUGGGCUACUGCCCCACCGGGGAGUGGCUGGCCGUGGGCAUGGAGAGUAGCAACGUAGAGGUGCUGCACCACACCAAGCCCGACAAGUACCAGCUGCACCUGCACGAGAGCUGCGUGCUCUCCCUCAAGUUCGCCUACUGCGGUGAGCCUCGGGGAGCCGGGAGCCCGGUGCAGAGGAGGGCCCCUAACGCUUAUAGAAAGUCAGAGCCCUGGAGUGAGCCACGUCCUGGAAUCGGACCUCCUGAUCGCCACCACUGUCCCUCCCCCGCCCCCCCAUCCUUAUCCCGGGGCUGCAGAUACUGCCACAGGGUGCCAAGCUCUCAUGGCGCCCGGCCAGAGCCAGUCCCUGCAGGCCUGGGCCAGAGGAACAAUGCUCACAGCCUCGUGAGCCUUUCCUCCAGGCGGCUGAGACCGCGGGCUGCGAUGGCCGAUGGCCCCGGACUGGGACAUCUGCUUCCCCCGCGCCCGCCUAGCCUUGCUGCCUUGGACACCUCUCAUCCUCUCUGAACCCCAGUGGGUCUUUCUCUGGGGCCCCUGCGUGGCUUUGGCAUUAGCACGGGCAGGGCCCUGGCAGGGCGGCCUGCAGAGGAAGAGUGCCCGCUGACCACUGGCUUCAGCUGGGUCUCCAGACCUCAGGGCCUCGCCAUUUCUGGUACUUCCUGCCGCCUUCCCGUAGUAAAAAUGAGAAAGGGUCAGCCGACUACUGGCUUUAAAAAGAAUCUUUUGGGGGAAGUGUGAUGCCUGGAGUUAACUGCAAAUCCUACCUUUGCCCAUCCAGCUGCUCCCCCCGCCCGCCCUUGACCGCGGAGAAAGGUGUUCUGUGGGUGUGAGCCGGUGACGGGUCUCGCUGACCGAAUGCCCCCCACCGGCCGAGGGUCUAACCACGCACUGGUUGGCUGCUCACGCCGCGUUCCCAUGGCAGCCAGCCUUGUCUGGGGUGGGUCCUGCCUUCCAUCCGGGGCAGCAAGCCACAAGCUGACGCCCCCUUUGCCUCCCUCUCGUAGGCAAGUGGUUCGUGAGCACUGGGAAGGACAACCUCCUCAACGCCUGGAGGACCCCGUACGGAGCCAGCAUAUUCCAG